GCUUACCUGCGAGCGGUUGAUGUGAAGAUCCUGCAGCAGCUGGUGAUGGUGAACGAGGGCAUCGAGGCGGUGCGGGCGCCCGCGCGAGCGGGCAGCGGGGACAGCCUGCAGGACCCCAACGACAGGCUGGACAGCAUCUCUGUCGGUAGCUACCUGGACACGUUGGCAGAUGACAUGGAUGAGUAUUCCCAAAACGCCGCCGAAACCACCGCUGCAUCUGCGCCAGGCAGAGCCCUGGUCAGAGCAGAGCAGGAUUGGGUCAGGAUCGACCCUGAGAGGGGUCUUGCAAAGCAAGAGAAGGGCAAAGCGGAGCACGAGUGGCCCCACGUGGACCUCUCCCCACCCAGGCUGCCCCAGGAUCAUCACUUUGCAAAGGAGCCCCAGGUGGCCAAUGGGUAUUUGGGCCAGCAGCCCUCCUCUCUGGAAGCAGGCAGAGACACCAAAUUGCCAUCGGGAGCUGGGGAGAGGAAGGGCAACCCAGGUGGGAAGGCUCGAAAAGCUGAGGCUGACUCUGAGAACUGCAAACUCAACAGCAAAUUGCAUCUGGAGUAUGAUGCCCAUUGGCGCUGGCUCCAGUCUCAGGAUGAUGUGACGUUCUUGUAG